CUAUUCAACAUUUUUUUCGUAUUGUAGUAACUGCUUUCUGUGUAUAAAGUUGUUGCGUAUAGAUAACAGAUGGCAGACUACAAUAAAUCUUAAUUUGUCGUCCGUUUCUCACCUCUAAAGUCAGUCCAAAUGUCACAAUUUUAUUUUAAGCAAUAUGAAAAAAAAAUACAUUAAAAUGUAAAUAAUUGAGUUUUGUAUAAAUGUUGAAAAUGUUACAAAAUUUUAACACUUCAAUAGAAGCAUCGGUGGUUCAGUGGUAGAAUGCUCGCCUGCCACGCGGGCGGCCCGGGUUCGAUUCCCGGCCGAUGCAAUUGUUUUUUAAUGUUUAGUUAGAGUUUAUUCAUAUAAAUAAGAUCGAACUAAACAUUUAAAUUAUAUUUUUUUGGAUUACUAACGGCCUGUCCCGGCUUCGCUCGGGUAAAACUAUAAAUUAUUCACCUAAACCUUCCUCAGGAACCACACCUAAGUAUAGUAUAAGUGAAAAGUGUACUAAUAUCUGCCCGGUAGUUUUUGAGUUUGUCGUCUAUCAAUGUACCUACGAGUAUUUCGAAUAUCUACUUGCUACAUCUAAUCGACCUUUACCUGACAGGUCUUAGGUAAUGGAAGAAUACUACAAAGAAAAAAAUUGCGUCAAUUACACCCCAUGCAAUGCAAUGGCAAGUAAAUAAAUGGUUAAUGACGUUGCCCGAGAUUACGAAUUAAUAUCAAAAUUAAGCCACUUUUCUUUACACCGGUCAUAAAAACGCUUAAUUUAACUCCCAAUCAGUAAUUAUAUUUAAGCCUUAGUUAUGUAAUGAUUAAACGUGCACUAAUCCCACGAUUACUUGUGAAUCUCUUAGCUCUAAAUGGUCAACAUGAACAGACACAUAUUUGUUAAUAAUAUGAUGAAGAGUUUAGUAAUUUUUAUAGUUUAUUUUGUUAACGUGAAGUCCGUGCCACCAAGGUACUGCCUCCACGCCUUGAACAAGAGCGACUGCAACAUGAAACCCACUCCGGUGUUCUCCUACUACAAGAGCGGCUCCCGUUGUGAGAUCGAGUACUGGCGCGGCUGUCCUACCUUCAACAAGUUCGCCAACCAGUACGAUUGUGUAGACACGUGUAUCUAUCAUUUUGGCGAGCAUGCGGAGUUUAAUGAAACUCCAGUGUUGGAGGAUCCACCAAAUGAGAUCGAUUUUGAAGAGGAGCUGUUAGAUCUAUCUGAUGAGGACUUGGGAGAACUAGAACACGUUGUAGAACAGGUCGCAGAGGAUAUUCAAAGACUUAAAAUUACUGAAGAAGCUCCCCCUCCUCCUGUUACAACACCUGAAAUCAAUGUCACUGAGCCCAAGCUCCAAGAUGAGACUGAAGAACAUCACACGACUGAGAACGAUCAUGGUACAACAGCACCGCCGACGACGUCAACCGAUGUGACACAUGAAACAGUGCCACCUACAACUGAACCAUCGGAACCAGAAGUAACAACUACCGACAAGCCCUCAUCUGAAUCAGGACUUCCAGAUGAAGUUGAAUUACCGUAAUCUUUAGUUCACAGAUGGUUAUAAUAGUUUAUUCAUUAACCUUAUUUUAUUAAGAUAUAGCUACAAAAAUAUUUAAUCCAUCGUCUUCUGCCUCGAUUUAAAAAAUGAAACGUAAAUUGUUAUUGUAAUUUACCUUUAGCAGUACUUAGCUAGUUACCCGUUAAUUUACUUUACUUUCCCUAAUUUUAGAUUAUGCCUAAAAAUAUAUAACAUUUGUAUAGAAUCAUUAAAAUAUUUUUUACUA